GGGAUUCCCCAGGUCGAACCAAUCAAAUUGAAAUCGUGGGAAGGUGAUAACCAAUCAAAGGGACGAUGAGUACGUCUCGUGAAUAAAUUUUGGCGUCGUUUUCGUCACUGUGAUCCUGAAAGUGAUAUAUCAUUCAAUUUCUGACCGGCAGAUCAAUGAAUUGUGGUCCUGGAAAGAUAGUAAAGCAAUGGCCGCAGAGGAUGCAAAUAGAGACAAUAUGGUAAAUUCCUAGCUCUGGUAGCAAUGUUCCCUCUCCACUUUCAAUUUAUCGGUUUAUUUUAUCCGCUGUUCUCCACUUCACUUUCGAAACAGUUAUCUUAUUCACAUCAAUCACAUUAAAUCUUUUCGUUUUCCAUCGUUAGCUAUUUAGAUAUAAAUAGAAGAUCGUUUAGCCGAAAACUACAACAGCAAUGUUCAUUUCUUUUUGUAGAGCGAUGGAAAUAGGGAUCGGUCUCUAGAAAGCGAAGAUAACAACCAGGGGCUCCUUGCCAUAGGGAGUGACGCAGAUUGGAAAUCUGACGGUGACUCUGACUUGGAAGAAAAUCGGACCAGGACUGCACAUAGAGAUGAGCUUUCAGAACGAUCAAGAGAACAAAGUGCAUUGUGUUCCUGUGGUUCAGAAGGGGAACCUCGAAACCGCACUCAGCAAGGAAAGUCCAAUGCAUCCGAUCUGAAUCCAACUAGAACGGAAGAAACCUUGCUAAGCGUUGUUCCUGAGUCGUACAGCGGACAUUUGCCGUCGCUUCCCAGUAUAUCCCUUGAAGAUGAGGUCUGCAGCGACUCGACGCAAGCACCAUCCUCGCCAACAGUGUCAUCUGAACCUCAGCGGAAGAAAAUCCCUGUAAUAAGUAAGUUCGAUAAGUUUGAGCUCUUGUGUUCAAAGACCGUGUGUAAAUUGUGCUGCUAUUAUGACUAUUUUUUUUGGAGAAUUUACGACUUUGAUUUGUCUGUGUGAGAAGUAUGUUUAUCGCAUCAUUAUCCAGCCAGUAAAAUUAGUCCUCGACUUAAAGCCCUUUCAAACCUCGUCUAAUUGUACAUGUCCAAAUCAACGAAUCUCGAGCUCACUCUUCCAAAAUAGUCUUCAAUUUAAAAUCUGGUUUACUUCGUUUACAACACUGGGCCAUGUAAAACACGAUAGAAAAGUUGUUCAGUAGAAAAAAACCCCUACAAUCUGUACAUCUAGUCACUAUUUUUAUGACCGUAUUUUUAUACUCCGUAUCUAUUAUAAUACAUUUCUUUUUAUUUCACGUCCACCGCAGAUGUGUGUCACCAUUCGGCGCAGCAUCCAUCGCCUGGACUAACAGUGGUGCUCUUCCUUUUUGAAAGAACCCACCAAGAAAGGAAAGAAAAGUUGUUCAUACUUUAUAUGAUCCCUGAAAAAGAGCAACAGGUGAGUGAAGUAAAUUGAAUUCCUUCUCAAUUGAAAGUGUUCAUUGUUGAAUAGUUCUUGACAUUUGGACAUCUUUAUUUUUCUUAAAGGUGUAUGAGACAAUUUGCCAAAGUUACAUAGAUGAGGGAACCGAGCAAGGUUACUCAACAAGACAAAUUUCGUUUUGUGUUAACCAUGGAAAAGGCCAAGAUUUUCAUUCUGUAUUUGUUCACGAGAAAAUCAGAGUUUCAUUUGAAAUUGAGGAUCAACAGCAACAAAACUUUGUCACUCCUGAUGAUGCAAGACGUCGAGAAUUUGUGAGUUCACUUGAAGCACAAAAAUUUAUUCAUUCAAGUCUCAGAUUAUACCCUAAGUCACUGUUAAAUUUUUCGCAAUUCAAUUUUUUAAUAACCUUUAACCUAAACAUAGUUUACUACAUAGAUGGCAAGUUCUUGUUGGACACUCCAACUCACUGAACGAUCACUAUUUCAGUGAAUCUUCUUUUUUCAACAGAGGAUUGUUUCUCUUCGCGAUUUUAACGAUUAUGAAUUUCUGAUUCUCUAGGUUUUCAGAGUUGCCAACAUUGAAUGUGAGAGUAAAAACCGAGUAGCACCAGGAGCCAAGUCCCAUUUCCGACUCCAGUAUGUUGGUGAAUCCGAAAAUCCUUGUCAAGAACAUGGAAAAAUCACCUUAGCCAUCGAUGCAGAGACACGGUGUUCCCUGUACUUUUCCAUCGCAUUUUGGGUAAGU